AAGUUCUAAGCCCUUCCAAAGUUCAGGAAGACACUAACUGUUUCAUCAUUGACUACUUGACACAAUGUACCCAGCAGGACCAGUGUGAGUAAACCGGAGGCUUUUCUGCAACAUGACCCACAGGGACAGUGCCGGUCCUGUUUGCAGCCUGAAGUUUGUGACUCUCCUGGUGGCCCUAAGUCCAGAACUCUUAUGCCUGGGAGCCGGAGUGCAGCUUCAAGACAAUGGCUAUAAUGGAUUACUUGUUGCAAUCAGUCCUCAGGUAUCCGAGGAUCAGAACCUCAUCCCAAACAUUAAGGAAAUGAUAACUGAAGCUUCUUUUUACCUAUUCAAUGCUACCAAGAGAAGAGUGUUUUUCAGAAAUAUAAAGAUUUUAAUACCUACCACAUGGAAAGCUAAUAAUUACAGCAAAGUAAAACAAGAAUCAUAUGAAAAGGCAGAUGUCAUAGUGACUGACGGCUAUGGGGCACAUGGAGAUGAUCCAUACACCUUGCAGUACAGAGGGUGUGGAAAAGAGGGCAAAUACAUCCACUUCACACCUGACUUUCUGCUGAAUGAUGACUUAACAGCUGCCUAUGGAUCCCGAGGCAGAGUAUUUGUUCAUGAAUGGGCCCACCUCCGUUGGGGUGUGUUUGAUGAAUACAACCAUGAGAAACCUUUCUACAUAAAUGGGCAAAAUCAAAUUACAGUAACAAGGUGUUCAUCUGACAUCACAGGCAUUUUCGUGUGUGAAAAAGGCCCUUGCCCCCAAGAAAACUGUAUCAUUAGCAAGAUUUUCAAAGAAGGAUGCACGUUUAUAUACAAUAGCACCCAAAACGCAACUGCAUCGAUAAUGUUCAUGCAAAGUUUAUCUUCUGUGGUUGAAUUCUGUAAUGCAAGUACCCACAACCAAGAAGCUCCAAACCUACAGAACCAAAUGUGCAGCCUCAGAAGUGCAUGGGAUGUAAUCACAGACUCUGACGACUUUAAUAACAGUUUUCCCAUGAACGGGACUGAGCUUCCGCCUCCUCCCACAUUCUCCCUAAUACAGGCUGGCAACAAAGUGGUCUGUUUAGUGCUGGAUGUAUCCAGCAAGAUGGCAAAGGCUGACAGACUCCUUCAACUGCAACAAGCAGCAGAAUUUUAUUUAAUGCAGAUUGUGGAAAUUCAUACCUUUGUGGGCAUUGCCAGCUUUCAUAGCAAAGGGGAGAUCAGAGCCCAGCUACACCAAAUUAACAAUGAUGAUGACCGAAAGCUGCUGGUUUCGUACCUGCCUGUCGCUGUGUCAGCUGAAGCAGAAACCAGCGUCUGCUCAGGGCUGAAGAAGGGAUUUGAGGUGGUUGAAAAACUGAAUGGAAAAGCCUUCGGCUCUGUGAUGAUACUAGUGACCAGUGGAGAUGAUGAGCAUGUCACCAACUGCUUCCUCACUGUGCUCAGCAGUGGUUCAACUAUUCAUACCAUUGUCCUGGGUUCAUCUGCAGUCAAAGACCUGGAGGAAUUAUCACAUCUUACAGGAGGUUUAAAGUUCUUCGUUCCAGAUAAAUCCAACUCCAAUAGCAUGAUUGAUUCUUUCAGUAGAAUUUCCUCUGGAACCGGAGACAUUUUUCAACAACAUAUUCAGCUUGAAAGUACAGGUGAAAAUGUUAAACCUUACCAUCAGUUGAAAAACAUUGUGACUGUGGAUCACAGCAUGGGCAAUGACACUACUUUUCUAGUCACGUGGCAGACCAGCAGUCCCCCUGAGAUUGUCUUAUUUGAUCCUAAUGGAAGAAAAUACUACACAGAUGAUUUUAUCACCAAUCUAGCUUUUCGAACUGCUCGCCUCUGGAUUCCAGGAACUGCUAAGCCUGGGCUGUGGACUUACACACUGAACAAUACCCACCAUUCUCCUCAAGCCUUGAAAGUGACAGUGACCUCUCGUGCCUCCCGCUCAGCCAUGCCCCCUGCCACUGUGGAAGCCUUUGUGGAAAGAGACAGCAUCCAUUUUCCCCAUCCCGUGACGAUUUAUGCAAUUGUGAGAAAGGGGUUUUAUCCCAUUCUCAAUGCAACUGUAACUGCUACAAUUGAGCCAGAGACUGCAGAUCCUGUUACGCUGAAACUUUUUGAUGAUGGAGCAGGUGCUGAUAUUAUAAAAAAUGAUGGAAUUUACUCGAGGUAUUUUUUCUCCUUUGCUGUAAAUGGUAGAUAUAGCUUGAAAGUGCAUGUCAAUCAUUCUCCCAGCAUGAGCGCCCUAGCCCACUCUAUUCCAGGAAGUCAUGCUAUGUACGUACCAGGUUACAUAACAAAUGGUAAUAUUCAGAUGAAUGCCCCAAGAAAAUCAGUGAGCAGGAGUGAGGAGGAGCAAAAGUGGGGCUUUAGCCGAAUAAGCGCAGGGGGCUCCUUUUCUGUGCUGGGCAUUCCAGCUGGCCCUCAUCCUGAUGUGUUUCCACCUUGCAAAAUUAUUGACUUGGAAGCUGUAAAAGUUGAAGAAGAGGUGACUUUAUCUUGGACAGCACCUGGAGAAGACUUUGAUCAGGGCCAGGCUAACAGCUAUGAAAUAAGAGUGAGUAAAAGUCUACAGAAUAUUCAAGAUGACUUUAAGAAUGCCAUUUUAGUGAAUACAUCAAAGUUAAAUCCUCAGCAAGCUGGUACCAAGGAGACAUUUACAUUCUCAUCAGAGCUUUUCACAAAUGGACCUGAACAUCAGCCUGAUGGAGAGACACAAAAAAGCCACAGAAUUUAUGUGGCAAUACAAGCAGUAGAUAGGAAUUCCUUAAAGUCUGCUGUAUCUAACAUUGCCCAGGCAUCUCUGCUGAUUGCCCCAAAUUCUACUCCUGUACUUGCCAGAGAUUAUCUUAUAUUGAAAGGAGUUUUGACAGCAAUGGGUUUUAUAGGAAUCACUUGCCUCACUAUAGUUGUAACACACUAUGUUUUAAACAGGAAAAAGAGAGCAGACAAGAAAGAGAAUGAAACAAAGUUACUAUGAACAAAUGUAUAGAGUACCUUCCUUCUUAAAUAUAAGACCCAUGGCUUUUGCACUUUACAAAAACAUACCAAUAAAGUGAAAUUAAUGUCAGAUUAUUAAAAAUGCUGUGAGUUUUUGUGCAGUAUAGAUCAGAUUUUUACAUGGUAAAUAGAAAAAAAAAUCUUUUAUAACAUUAAUGGAGGGGGAGGGGAUUUAGAAAACCUUUGAGCUUCAGCUAUGGACAAGAUAAUAGAAGUUAUUCUCUAAGGUAAUGUGUUUAAAGGCAAAGGCAAUGGCAAAAUUGAAUCAAAGAGUUGAUAAAAGCUUGUUUUAUUGAAGAGGAAAAAUAGCCCCAAGUAGAGAAAAGGAGGUUAAGCCUGAAUGAUACAGUAUAACUGUCUAUAUGGAGCAAUUGUUUAGUUGCUGUGAUUAAUUUUUCAUUUCCCCUUAUCUGUUCAGAAUGGGUUGCUUGUUUAUGACUAAAGAUCAAGCUGUAUUUUUUAUAUGAAGUGCCUAUUGUAAAGUUCUUUACCUCUUUCCAUUUGGUUAACUAUACUACAGAUAGAUACCACUGCUCAAAGAGAUCUUGUUUUACUGUAAGGGUUAACCUUAAAUGUAAGUAUUAUCCUCUUCCCCUGACACUGGUUUUAUAGCAGAGGUCUGUUGAAUUUAUUGUUUAUAACUUUCUACUGUCAUCAAAGCAGCUUUCCAAGUUAUUUGCCUUGCGCGUUAUUCCAUGAAAAUGGUUACAGUUCUCAUAAGACUUUAAGUAAAGAAUGAAAGACAUAGUCCUGAGCUUCCUGUAACAUAUACAUAGGCUAUAUAGUUUUAUUCAAUUUCAACCAAGGAAGAGAUCACAGGGGAGAGCCUGACCUUUGGAAAUUAUUAACCGAUUCUGGUUUUUUUGUUUAAAUAAGACUCCAGGAAUCCUUUCCCCAUAAAGGGUUAUUUACCUAUAGGUAUUUACCUACAGGGGUGGAGGGUGACUAGAGAAAGGCAAGCACAGGUCACAAGGAAAUAAAAAUUAUCUUUAUUUAAUUUUACUUUUCUUAUUUUUUAAAGAUUAUGGAGCAAUAAAAUCACAUGCUUUGUAUAUUACAGAACUUAAAACUUUACUGGAUAAAUACAAACAAUAAUGUGGAAUAGAACUGUUUUAUAACCAUGACCAACUAACAAUGACAAUUAGAUUUAUAACCAUGACCAACUAACAAUGACAAUUAGAUUAAGUUUGGGGGGGGUGGGCAGGGAAGCAUGGGGAGCUGGAACAAGAAUGAAAAGAGACAUAGAGCGUGAAACCUCGAGUAAGAGACACAGAGCAGUGCUGGGGAGUAAGAUGACCAGCAAAUACUUUUACCUAGGCUGCCUUCUUGCUGUUCAUACGGCAUCCCAGGUCUGGCCUGUCACAUGCUGAGUCUGGUAGUGCCUACAUUUUCACAGAUUGGAACUUCAAGUCCCCACUUGGCAGUCAGUCCCUCCUCCCUCUAUUGCCACUGUGCCUGGUAGCCUGGGAUCUGCUUCUCUGUAGCUUCAAAGGGCUGGCAAAAUAUUGAGAUGGGGUGUGGUGGGUUUUAAGUCUUCAAAUGUUUUCCUCAUUUUAUAAACAGGAAAAUGGAGAGUUAAGGGAAUAAUCUAAAGCACUGUGCUGGCUAAUCGCAGCGUAUAUAGGAGCAGAGUCAGGUUGUCAUAAUGCUCCUUCACUCUUGUCUAUUUAAGAAGGUGUGGAAAGAUGCCAGGGAUUAUGCCUAGAAAUGUUUAAAUCUUCAAGGUUUAUAGGCUGAGGGAACAGGGCUUCCCCCGCCCUCCAAUUUUGUGGAUAUAGAAUUGAACAAAUGGCUUUAAGUCCAGAAAUUAGUGAACUGGAAGAGGCACAACUGAGAUAGAUUAAGGAUAUUAAAGUGAUAAACUAAAAUAUAUUAUAGCAGAUUUUACCCUAUUCCCUUCUCAUCCAGCGGAUAGGGUAAACAAGCUUCAGUGAUUGUGAGGGAGUGAAGCAUUAGACAACAUAAUCUGUGGUAAGUGUGGGAAGAUAUUGAUUUCGAAACCCCAGAAAUCACUAAUAGAACAGGGCCACUGGAAAGGAGGUGACAUUGAUUCUGAACAAGUGUAAAGAACAGAAAUAGACAAGAGUUGGGUCAAAGAGAAUGAGGAACUGUGAAGCAUUGGUCACUAGUGGAAUACCACAUGAAUAGUGACAUCACUGAAGAUUUGAUCCAAGAUUUCAAGAGGAGAAAAAAUAUGAGACGGAUGCUUAGUUACCUGGGAGAGGAAAGAGAACUCUAGGGGUUGAAAGUGACAUAGGCAAGUGUUAUUUUUAUCUUCACAUGCCAGAAUGGUUGUUGUUAUGCAGUAUAUAGAAAUUUAUUCUGGAAACUGAGGACAAUAUCCCUUCCAUUUUUACCCUAUUGUUUUUAUGGAUAGAAAAGAAGAUUAAAUCUCAAUGGGACAGAGAAGAUUUUUAGGAGAUGAAUUCAUAUAGCCUAUGCACUGAGCAGAUUGCUGUUUAUGUGUGCAAUGUUGACUGCUCCAAAAGUAUGUUUGCACCUGCAUGUUAGUACUGGAAUGUCUACCAAAAAUUAUUUUAUUUGCCUUAGGCUUUGCCUUAUACUAUACUGUAAUUAUUUUGGAAGAGUUGAUCCCUAACUAUAUCAUUUAAUUAAAACAAUGUGACAAAUCCAAUUGCACUAAUGGCAGAGUUGCUCAUAUCAAACUAAUCCUCUUGCUUACACCAGUUAUAACUCUGGAAAAAUAUAAAACACAACUCUUUGAAGGCACUGGAUGCCAAAAAAAGCAUGUAGAAACCCUGGAGGAGAUAUGACCCUUGAAAAAAGGAAAGCAAUCUAGGUGAAAUCCAUAUUUAACCAGCUUUUCCCCUAAAAGGCACUCCCAGUUUGCUCAGAGCAUCUGGAGAGAGCUCAGGCAGAGAGCAGCAGUCUUACUGGGUUGAAAAGCGAGAAGUAAGAGUUUGGGUUGCUAAAGCAGUUGGAAAUUGAGGGAGGAAAUCCUAGAAAGGAAGCAACUACAAGGGGGAAAUUCCCACAAUCCUUGGAUGAAUUCUAAACCGCAAAGGAAUCGAAUGGAAAAUAAGAGCUUAGAGGCUAAAAGAGCUGAACAGAGAUUUUAGCAACUGCCCAGUCCUGAGGAGAAAAAAAUUAAGGUUUAACCUCACCCAAGUUUGUUUGUUUGUUUGUUUUUUCAGUUUUAAAGUUUUUAUUGAAGUAUAACAUAUACGCAGAUAUAAGAACAAACUGUAAGUGUACAGGUCAACGAAUUAUCACAGGUGAACAUGCUCUGGUAAUUACACCAAAAUCAAGAAAUAGAAUAUUGCCAGAAUCUCAGAAACUUAUAGCUUGACCCUUUCCUGCCACUACCUCCUCCCCAGUGUUUACCACAGAAUGACUUCUAACACCAUGGCUUAGUGUUUGCCUGUUUUGAACUUCAGAUAAAUAUAAUCAUUUGGUAUGUAUUCUUUUGUGUCUGGCUCCUUUUCAUUUGACAUUACAUUAAUGAGAUUCAUCCACAUUUUGUGUGCCAGUAGAUCUUAUUUUUUAUUGCUGUAUAAUAUUCCAUUGCUUGGUUAUACAACAAUAUAUUUGUACAUUCUACUAUUGAUAGGCUUUUGAGUAAUAGCCAAUUUUGUAUAUAAUGAAUUAUACUUCUGUGAAUAUUUCAUUGAGUAUCUAUUGGUGUUGUGACUUCAUUUUCUAAAUCAAAGAUUAAAAUUUGUUGCACCAAAAUACAACCUCGCCUAAGUUAGAGGGGGUGGUAAGCACCUUGUGUUUCCAUUAAAACUCCAGAUUGGGGGUGGGAUCACAUCCACAGACUAAGUGUUAUGCCCUAGAAGCAAGGGCAAAACUGAAAUAGAUCUGCUCUGAUAAAGUCUAAAACCAAGUGUCUAGAUAAUCAAGAUUAUAUUCACCAAUAAUUAAACUACUGCUAGAACAUAACUCGGAGAAAGAUAACAUAAUACAAAGUCUCCACAACAUAUCCAGUAUAAAAUAAAACAAUAGACAUGCUGACAAGCAGGAAGUGUGUCCCAUAAUUAAUAAGAAUAAAAAUCUGUCAAUAAAAGAUGAUCCAAAAAUUAUCCAUAUUUCCAAAUAACAGAUAAUUAGUUUAUAAUAACAUUAUAAAUAAGAUAAAGAAAUUAUAGGAAAAGAUAGAUAUAAGUGAUGAAUAGAGGGAAAAUUUUAGGAAAGGUGAAAACCUUUAAAAAGAAGCAAAUGAAAAGCCUAAAAAUUGAAAAAUACAA